ACCACAACCUUGUGAGGUAGGCUAAUCAGAGGCAGCGACUGGCCCAAGGUUAUGCAUCUGAGAGUGAGGAUUACGAAGCCUUGUCUCCUAGGUCCAGCGCUGUAACCGUUAUACCACACUGGCUAACCAUGCUACUAACCAUGGCAGCCACAUGCAACCAUUUGAGGGAACUCCCCUCCCCAAACUUAAUUAAUCACCCUAUCAUUUGUUGCUGUGGUGAAGUAUCUGUGCCAAACCCAAAAGAAACAGUGAGUUGGCUCUCAGGAAGAUAUAACCGAUAUGCUUGCAAUUAAUUAGUCGGUAAAAGGUGUGGCAAUUUCUCCUUGCAGAUAAUUCCCGAGGAGCAUGCUCAGUGUGUAGAACGUUCUAGAAGUUCAGUUUGGCCUAGGAUUACGGCAGGUUUGGGGGUGUGGAGGGGCUGUGGGCAUCUCAUGAAGCAGGGAUGGCGCUCCACCGGACCCAGAAGCUGAACCUCUUGCGGCUGUUGGUGCUUCUCACUGUGGUGCUGGCGGCCAUCAAGUAUUUCUUCAGGGACAGCUUCUCCCUGAAUCAAUACAAGGGAUCCAGCCAGGAGAGCAGCUUUUGGGGCAAGGCCGGCGACCUCAAGCACUCCGCAGAGCCUCAGGGCCAGUCCUUGGGUAUCCCAGAUGUCAAGGUUGUGGCAGCCGCCGCCCCUGCGAGGCAGGACGCCAAGAAAAAGGCCCUCCAGGAUUUCAGCUUGAUGCAGUUGCGGCUGGUCCACCUGGAUCUCAAGGGAGCGGCUCCAAAAGUAUCCUACCUGGAGCAGAUCUUCCCGCUUUUCUCCAAGCUGGGUGCCAACGGCAUCCUGAUCGAAUACGAAGACAUGUUUCCUUUCAAGGGAGACCUCGAGAUCCUCAAGUCUCCGUACGCUUACAGCGAAGAAGACAUUGAGAAAAUCCAGGAGUUGGCAGCGCUCAACAAACUGGAGCUGAUCCCUUUAGUGCAGACCUUUGGCCACGUAGAGUUCAUCCUGAAGCAUGACAAAUACCGGCACCUCCGGGAGGUGGAGCGCUUCCCCAACAGCUUCAACCCCCACGUCCAGGAAACAAUGGCCGUCGUGAAGUCUGUGGUGACCCAAGUCCUGAGCAAGCACCCACAGGCCAACUGGGUGCAUAUUGGGGCAGAUGAGGUCUUCCAUCUAGGGGAAGGGAUGGACUCCAAGAACUGGAUGAGUCGCAACGCCGGCAACAUGGGCAAGAUGUACCUGAACCACAUACGGGAUGUGGUCAGCUUCAUCACUGGCCAGUGGGGUCUGCAUACCCUCCUCUGGGAUGAUAUGCUGCGGAAGGUUGACAUGGCAGCCAUUCAAGACUCUGGCAUUGCCAAACACGCUUCUCCUGUAUUGUGGUUUUACGCCCCGGACUUUGAUACGCAGCAAAUAGGAAAAUACAUUGCCAAGUAUGCAGAGUGUGGCUUCAAGACCAUCUGGUUCGCCAGCGCCUUCAAGGGCACGACAGGCCCCGCUCAGGCUUGGACACCCUUAAACAACCACCUGCAGAAUCACCUGAGGUGGCUGAAGGUCAUCCAGUCCAUGUCGAAGAUGCCCUCCAUCCGGUUCCAGGGCAUUGUCCUCACCGGGUGGCAAAGGUAUGAUCACUAUUCAGCUCUGUGUGAGCUCCUGCCUGUGGGGAUCCCUUCGCUGGCUGUGUGUCUGCAGACUUUGGUGAAUGGGGGAUUUACAGAAGCUACCAAGAAGAAGGUUCUGUCCAUGCUUGGCUUCGAGAACAUGCAGCUGGAGAAGAGCAUAUGUGAUGGCAAUGGGGCAUUUCCAGGUUCUGAUAUCUACCGUAUGGUGGAACAGGUCACGGGGCAGCUAAGAGACUCCGUUAUCAAAGUCCUGGAAGAAGAGAGCUCUGUCAAGGGAUGGUUCAGUCCUUACCAUCGGAAGCACCAGUUUGGAAACCCUCGUAACCUGGAGAGCUUCGGUAGCAAAGUUCUCAAAGUCCACGAGGACUGGGAGAGCUUCGUCCAGAGCUUCCGCUCCCGCAUGGAGAGCAUCUACUUCCCAGACACGGUGGAGGAAUGGAUGGAGGAGAACGUCAACCCCUACCUGGACCGGUUGCGCGAGUUUGUCCGGGACUUCAGGGAAGUCAUCCGCCUCAACGCCCGGCCCAAGACCCAGUAGCGGGGCGGCCCCACCCCAUCGCCAGCCCAGAAGUGGGUGUCCGAUUCAGUUGCUCCACUGUUGUAUUGUCUUUUAAAUUGGAAGGAGUGUGCAGGCCAGAGGAGAGGGGUCUUGUGCCUUGCCCUUCAGUCAUCAAAGCAGAGGCUCAGUGGGCAGAGUUUGGAGGCUCUUUACAGCCAGUCUCCACCAGGCUUCCUUCUCUCACCCCCUUGGAAGAUGGAAUUAGGGCUGAGCCAAAACACCCCAGCCCCCCACCCUCUGGGAAAAGCAGUGGGGGCAGCGGCUGCCCCAUUUCCCCCCUCUUCUUUUUACUUUUCACUGCUGUAAGUGGUGGACAGUGAUGUGGUCUCCCCUCCCUCUGCAAAAUGACACUUUCCUUUUUCCUUUUAAUUCCUGCUGCUUUAAGUUCUGCCAGAGGCCUGGUGGCUGCUGUUUUACACCACAUUGCCUCCGUUCCCCUGGGAAUGUCACUAUGCCAUGCCAUGACAUCUCAAUCUCAGGGGGUACGUGUUGGGGGUUGGCAGUAGGCUGGUGGCCGCUUUCUCAACAGCCCCUGCCUCACUUUCUUUUCCUUCCUUUUAAAUGCUCGCUUAGCCAUCCUUCCACCUUCAGCUCUCCUCCCUCCUGGAAUGACUCUAACCCCCUGCAAUGCUGCCCCAUGGAAAUGACGAGAUCUGGCAUAGCGAAUGUAGUGGGGUGCCCUUCAGAUAUGGUUGGACUCUCUCCAUAAGACCCAGGAGUUGAGGAUGGAGGGGUUUGGAGUCUUCAAGGACAUCCUGAGGCCUCCGUAUUGGCCGCCAUAUUUGCAUCAGGGAUGCUUCAUCCACCUUGCAAAUCUCCCAUUUCCACGGGGGGGACGUGGAAUCAAAAGGAAGCGUUUGGAGCAGCUCCAACCAGGAUAAUGGAGUUCUUUCUCCUGGGGGAGUGGGUGACAUUGGGAGGCAAACUUUACCAAAAUGCCUGUUUGAAGAGGCAGUCCUGAAUGGGUGUGUGUGAGCCGAAGCAUCAGUCAUCCUUCAUAUGCUCCUUCUCCAAGUCGGCUGAUGCGGCUGAUGCUUCCUCCAUUGAUCCCUUCAGCCUCUUGGUUGACUUCACACUGGUAGUAUGGUGCAGCAGUGAGAGUAGGCAGGUUAGGCUUGGAGGUGUCAGUUGCCAACAUCUAGCCUAAAAAAACACAAUCCCAAGUCAGCAGAAGUUAGGAACAUCAUCAUUAGCUGUGAACUCUCUUCCUUCCUUCCUUCCUUCCUUCCUUCCUUCCUUCCUUCCUUCCUCUCUAUCUCUCUUUCUCUCUCUGUCUGCAUGAGAGGAAAUCCCUCUGUUUACCACAACAGCUGUUAUUGGGCUGGAUCCUUAGCCCCAUAUAAAAUAGAGCCAUUGAGAUCAAUGGGAUUUGAGUUAUCACCAGCUUAAAUGAUUUCAGUGGGCCAGCUCUAAGUAUGGCUAAGCCACAGCCCAACCUUUUGCAAACAGUCCCUGCAGAAACUCAUCCCUUCGCCUUCAUGACCUCUAAGGCAGACUCUUCCAAGCUGAUAUUGUUGGACCACAACCUCCCUAACCCUCUGGCUGGGGCUGGUGGGAUUCGUAGUUCAAAACAUCUGGAGCUACCCAGAUUGGAAGGAGGAUGUGCUAGUGGGGCAGGGAGGACACUUGCCUUCUUUUGCAGCCAAAAGGAAACAUUGGAGGUUCUCUGGUGGGUCUGUGAAAGGAGCUGACCUGUUGCAGGCAGGAAACCUUUCCUUCUGGGCCCCCCAAAGUGAGCCUCCAUGCCAUUGCAUCCCUGCAUCCUUUGCUAGUCAUGGCCAGGCAACAGAGCUUCCGAACAAGCCGCUUUGGAACAAAGCAAACCGGCUUGGGUUUCGUAUUAAUGUGGCUUUAAAAAAAUGUCCAGCUCUUGGCCUGGUUCCAGGUUCUCAGCACAGUAGAACAAACAGCCAAAAGCUGCCUGUUUUUUAAUCUGAAAUGCUGGUGGGUCUUUGGCACCUGCUCGUCUUGGACCAGUUGUGAUGGAUGCCUCUUGAACGCCCCCUGCUGCUGCUCUGGAGCCUCCCUGGGGUUGAGUUUGUUUUGAUUUGAAGAUUUCUGAAAAGUUCUAUCUCUCCCCCCCCCCACUUCCUCCUUCCUCCUUCCAUUCAGAGGCAGAGAAUCAGCUGGUGAAACUUCCUUGUUCCUACAAUAUCUGAAAAUCAGCCCCUCUUCUUUUGCCUCUUUUUCAAUUCCACCUGCUUGAUCACUCACCCUGUUUGGGCUGCUCACCUCACUCAUUUCUCCUAAAUUCAUGUCUCAGGCUGCCUUCUGGAUAAAAGGUCCCCAUUUCUCUCCCCCUGCUGUGGAUUCUGCUGCUCUGGUAUUGCUCCGGUGACUGACAGCUGUUGCCCCUCCCAGAAGGCGUGAUCUCGGUCGCUGGUGGAUCUGGUUUGGUUGGGGAAUCUCCAAGUUGCAUUGCUGUUUGGGUUUUUGAUUUUUUUUUUUUUUUGUACAGAACAGAUUGCUUCUGUAAUGUGGAUGACAAAGACGAUGGUAAUAAUAAAGUAUUUUUUUAAAGAA